CCACAAGUGAGGAAGAGGCACGCAAGCAAGCAAGCUGCUUCGUGCCCUGUAGUCGAAAAAGAGUGGACAUCCCAGCCUGAGGCCUGUCCAACACAUUUGUCUUCAGCAGCACUGUCACUCCCUUAGUCGCCACCGGAGCCAACCUUGUUAGAUGCUGGGGAACGUGAAGACUUUCUUAUGGCGCACGCUCUACCUGCAAGCGAUACGUCGCCACUACAUUUCCACGGCACUCGAGCUUUUAUUUGUGAGCAGCUUAGUUUUCAACCCUAUCUUUACACGUCGGGCUAAGCUGCUUAGCAAGGAUUCCGGGGAGAAGGACGCCAGUGCUGUUUUCGGGAAGCUUGAACUGACGGACAUUGUGUACGCACCGAAGAGUGACUACAACGAUGAGCUGAUGCGUGCCGUGGGCGACGAGCUAUCCAGUCGUCAUACGCAGGGUGUCCUUAGCGGCAAGCGUCGGGAGCCCUCGCCUGACAUCGUGGAACGAGGCGCCCGCGCUGUCGGCUCUCCGAUCGGCGCCGGUGCCAGCGAUGACACUAGCCAAGGAUUUGGCUCCGUGGAGCUGCACCCUGAGGCCAAUGCAGACGCCGUGAUUGAAAAAUGCAAGAAGCUGACGGACAUCUCCUCCAAGGCCGCUUUGUGCGUGAAUCUGUCUGGCUCGGAAGGAGAGUCGGCUAGCCUCGCGACGACGCUCUACGUUCCCUCAACAUCCAUCCCACCAAACAGGGUGAACCUCUUUCCCCUCGGCUCCUUCUCCCCGGCCGAAUCGUCCUUCGGUGAGUCGGUGGCUGCGGUCGCAAGCGGCCUCCUUCGCGCUGUUGCGUGGGUUGUCACACCGCUGUGAAAACCAAAGGCCUUAGUCACACUUUUGUGCGUAGGGGAUUUUUUUUUUGUGACCGCUGGUCGUUCGCCUUCCC